CUCCUCGCCCUGCAACACACGCGCGGAGGCGCUCCUAAUCUAUCUACACUGAUCAGAUGCAGCUCCCAAAUUCUUCAAGGUUCUGUUUGGCGCUAUCCUGUAAUGCUGGUGAAAUCUGUGAAUUUAGGCAUGUUGUGUCUAAGUGAAUUGUGUCCACUCUUCUAAGAAGAGUUCAAUUUGGACUUCUUUUUAAGGCCUGGUUUCUUCAUAUUAUAUCUAACCAACCAGAGAAACUUUUUCGGAUGCUUCCUAAAUCCAUUCCUAAUGUAACAGAUACAGAACUCUAAGGUGCUGUUGGUAUCAGUUUCCCACACAGCCUCUAACAACAGAACUGAUCACAAUGAUUCUAAAUAUCUCUGCAGAAGAGACCGAUAAAAAGAACCCCAUUGACUGCCCUUCUAUGGGAAGACACAGCUACAUUUUUGUUAUGGUUCCAACCGUUUACAGCAUCAUCUUCAUCAUUGGUAUAUUUGGAAACAGCCUGGUUGUGAUUAUCAUCUACUUCUACAUGAAGCUGAAAACUGUGGCCAGUGUAUUUCUGCUUAAUUUAGCCCUGGCAGAUCUGUGUUUCCUAGUAACUUUACCAUUAUGGGCAGCUACAACAGCCAUGAAGUACCAUUGGCCUUUUGGCAACUGCUUGUGUAAGAUCGCUUCAGUUGCAGCAACCUUCAAUAUGUAUGCCAGCGUCUUUCUCUUGACGUGCCUCAGCGUAGAUCGUUACUUAACAAUAGUGCACCCCAUGAAGGCCCGCCUUCGACGCACAAUGCUCGUUGCCCGGGUAACUUGCAUCAUUAUCUGGCUGUUGGCAGUCGUUGCCAGCUUACCUGUUGGGAUUCACCGCCGCGCAUAUGACCUUGAAAACGAAAACAUCACAGUAUGUGCUUUUUGGUAUGGCACACGCAGGAAUUCAACCAACCACAUAACCAUCAACAUUGGAUUAGGCCUAUCCAAAAAUAUUCUGGGCUUCUUCAUUCCUUUUCUGGUCAUUUUAAUAAGCUACAUAUUAAUCUGGAAAACUCUGAAAAAGGCUUACCAAUUUCAGAAGAAUAACGGCAGAGGUGAUGACAUCUUUAAGUUGAUCGUUGCAAUAGUUCUGUUUUUCUUUUUUUCUUGGAUUCCUCAUCAAAUAUUUACUUUUAUAGAUGUGCUGAUUCAGCUUGAUUUGAUUAAGAGCUGUGAUAUUGAAGAUAUUGUGGAUACAGCUAUGCCCUUCACAAUCUGCUUAGCUUAUUUUAACAACUGCCUAAAUCCUGUCUUUUAUGGCUUUUGGGGAAAGAACUUUAGAAAAUACUUCCUUCGGCUACUCAAAUACAUCCCUCCAAAUGUCAGGCAUUCCAGUUUGUCAACAAAGAUGACUUCGCUUUCAUAUCGACCCUCAGAAGACUUAAUCCGCACUUCCAGAAAAAAAGGAUCUCUGGUUGCUGAGUGAUAGUAUAGCAGCACAUUUUUUACUGUUAGUUGCUCAAAGCAACAAUGCUCCUCUUCUGCAGUGUUGGACCAUCUGAAAUACUUCAUCCUUGUGAAAACGGGGGCUUACCUUCAUUUCAUGUUAUGAAGAGGAACAUCUUAAACAAAGAAUGCAGGCAUCAUGCCUUCCAGGGUCAGAGCUUGGUGGGAAAUAAUGUGUGGUAGAACAUCUAAUCCAACGACAUGUAGAAGAAUCUCUGAAAUUAUCUUGCAUUGCCUUAUGCAUAGGUGGUAUAUAGAUGACUUAUUUCAGAGUCCAGAAAGGAAAGGUUUAUUUCAAGAAAGUGAAAGAAGUCCCUGUGUAACUAUAAUCAAAUCCUCCCUGUACUACAUUUUAUUACAUACACCCAUCUUCUUCAGAGCCUGAAAAGUGCCAGAAUUGAACUCAUGUAUAUCAAUAAUACCAUAAAAUUUUGAAAUAAGAGUAAAAGUGUAAUGCAAUGUAGAAUGAAUCCACAUUUAGAUAAAAUAUAUUUCCAUGUUCAAGUAACACUUGCUACAUAUACAACUAAAUGUACCACAUUCCAAAUAUAGCACUGUUUCUAAAUGUAAUUGAACAAAAAUUUCAUUCUGAAGUUAUCUCCCUCUCUAUGAACUCUUGGCAAAAUAUAUCUAUGGAAAGCGUCUGUUUACUUUCACACAAUUUUAACUGCCUUUCAGAAGUACUUCACUACUAUUGUUUAUUUCAAAAUGGGUGUUGAUACAGAAACGUUUUGAUAAUACAGCCUUUCCUAAACUGGUAUCUUAUAGAUGACCCAGGUUACAACUAUAAUGACUACUGUACUGUCAGCUCAGUGCAAUGUAUCUGGAAGACACUUUAUAGGUCAUAACCUGCACCUUGACCUAUACUGAAUUCAGAAGCAAACUGGCAACCAAUACAACUUGCAGAGCAGAAAUUCAACAUGCACCAGUCUUGGGAUUCAUAGAACUACCAGGACCAUCACAUUUUGCACCAGAUUCAGUUCUAGAUUCUUAGAUUCAAAGGAGAGGGAAGUCACAGGACAACUUGAUACACAGAAAAUUUAUCACAGAUACUCAAAUUUGAAUGUGGUAAAUGUGCAUUUGGAAAUCCUGGGAGAUUGAACUCUAUAUAUCUUAAAGUUGCCAAGUUUGACAACUACUACAGUAGAGCCAACCAAAUAUGGUGUGAUGCCAAAAAGGCACUCAUCCACCAUCCCUAUCAGCAUAGACAUUUGUGUGUGCACAAAUAAAUAGAUAUGCUAUAUUAAUAUUCUAUAAUAUAUGAACAAGACGGUGCCAUUAAAGUAUACAAAAAUAAAUAAAUAAACCAAAAGAAUACUCAGAACUUGGGUGUCAAACUUGAUUGCAUUACAGGCUGGAUCGUGACUUUUUGCCUUUGCGGAGCUGGGAUGGGCGUGGCCUAUGCAUGAUGUAUCCGGCCUGUGGGCCACCAGUUUGACAGUUCUGGUUUAGGGUUAUGUCAGCAAUAAAAAAGAAAGAGGUAUUGUAUAGUAUAGAACCUCUGUUAGGAUCAGUAGGUAUUAAAACCAGAUGGAUUUAUUUUCUAAUUGCAAACUAAGCACAUGUGCUGUCUAUAUUCUUUUAGCAUCUAUUAUCAAUCCCAGAGCUCCUAAUCUCUAUAUCUCUGUGUAUAUAUUUUGGAUAACUUUAAAUCUAAAAUUUAUUUUGUGCAAAGAAAAAUAAUGCAGCUAUAAUUUUACAUUAAUUACAAAUACUCUUAAUCAUAGUGAGGAUUUAUAUCCAGUAUUUUAAUUCAAUAUCAGAUAAUGGUCAAAUAACUCAAGCAAAGAAGACAAGAGAUUAAUAGUCAAAGCCACUGCUGGAUUUAUCUCUGUCUUUUUAACAGAACAUAGGAUCGAUGCUUCUAAGGCUAUGUAAAACUUGCUAUCUUAGUCUCCAGGUGGUCUGUCCUGCAUUGCCAAACAGUCAAAGGAUAUGGAUUAAACAGUCAAAGGAUAUGUUUAACAUUGAUUUAAUAGUAUAUUACAAUUUUCAAUACAAUAGUAUAUUACAACUUUCCUUUAUGAUAAAUAUAUAUUCUGAUAACAUCUGCUUUGAGGAUAGUAGAACAGGGGCGUCACACCAGCAUCAUGUGAUGUAUUGGGACUUUUUUCCCCUUCGCUAUAUCGUAGCCAGCACAUGGCCAGCAUGUGACGCAUCCAGCCCGUGGGCUGGGAGUUUGACAGCCCUGUAGUAGAAGGAUCCUUUAUUAACAUUUCUGUGGGUGCAAGACCUUGCAGAGCCUUGGUAGUACAGGGGUUUAAGGCACCCUGUUAUUAAGCUGGUUAUUAAGACCAGCUGCCUGCAAUUACUGCAGGGUUCGAAUCUCGCCAAGGCUCAAGGUUGAUUCAGCCUUCCAUCCUUUCUAAGGUAGGUAAAUUGAGGACCCAGUUGUGGGGGCAAUAAGCUGACUUUGUAUAAAUAUACAAAAGGAUGAAGGCUAUUGCUGAGCACAUUGUAAGCCACCCUGAGUCUUCGGAGAAGGGCGGCAUAUAAAUCAAAUUUUUUUAAAAAAAGACCUUUAAUUAAAACAUUACCUUAAGACCUUUAAUUAAAGCAUUGUGUUCCUUCACCUGUUACGUUACUAACUCUUCACUAUUGGUGAUGUUGAUUGGAGCUAUUAAGAGUAUAGUUUAGCAAUAUAUUUAAUAAAAAGAUUCAUUACACUGUGAUAAGUCAUUAAGGUAUGAGUAGAAAAGAAGAAUUGUGUUGUCAAAGGCACUCUCUUGCAUAACGACUCUCCAAACAUGAAGGACUCAAGUUACAUAGAGAACAAGGUAGAAGAGUAUGCCCAGAUGUUCUGCUGGAAAGUCUGAAGGGAAAUAGGAUGCAUGCAUGCAUCAAUGAAAAUAGAACUAUUUUCAUAAGAUGAGACAAAAUUUUAUAGUCUUCAAUCACAUGGCAAGAGGUACCCAACUUCAAAUAUAAGUGCAGUUGUCCUUUAUAAUUCCAACUGAAUAUCUGCAUUUGUUUCUUAAAGAACCAGUAUAAAAUUAUGCAUUUACUUUUAUUGUCAUCUUCAUUUCAGACUAUCAUCUUGAAAACAGAUCACAUUGCUCUCUGAUUAAACAGAAAACGUAUACAUCAACUAACACAGGAAUACUUUUUAUUUUCAAUUAUUACCAUAUCUAUUAAAACACUUUUUUUCUGCUGGCAGAAUCAUUUUUAAAUGUUGGCUUGCUGAUUUUGUAAACGAAAUCAUAUUUAUUUCUAUUUAUUAAUAACAGUACUUUAUUCUACUCAUUUCUUCCCAUCAUGGAUGUAAAGCGCUUUCUUGGAAAUUUAGUAUAAAAUAUAAACAUCCACAGAAUGGAUUAACUUGCAGAAAGGUUGGUGGUACAGAAAACAUGCAAAAAGAAAUGUAUUUUUUUAUGAUAUUUUAUUAGUGAUUCCACAAUAGUAUAUAUUUGGAAACACUGAUAUUAGAAGUCUGUUGAAAGUAUUUACGAAUUAUAAAUGGAUUUAAAUUUUUUUUAAUAGUUUCACCCUUGCACAUACAAAAAUCUUCAUUGUAUCUGAAAUUUAGUUUCAUGUUUGAUAUAUCUAACAUAAAAUGCAAACAAAUUGUUAAUGUUCAUAGUUUCCUUUGUUGGCUCAGUAUGUUGCUAAUGUUCACAUGCAUAGCUUAAACAACCAUGUGUAUAAUAUAGAUUCUGUAUCUUACAAAAGCUGUGAAAAAUAAAAUUCAUAUAUAUUAGUAUUUCAAAAUAUCA